AUGGCCUCCCCUAUGCAAACAUUAAUCCAGGCCGGUCUGAAGGAGCAGCUCCUGCUCCCUUCCCAACCAGAAUACCACACCCUGCAAGCUGCCUCUUGGUCGAAGAGCGCCCGAUUGAGCCCAGCGGCUAUCCUGCGCCCCCGAUCGGCUUCGGAAGUAUCAACAGCGCUCCACGCUCUGAUCACCGCGGGCCGGAAAUUUGCCAUCCGCAGUGGGGGCCACACGCAGUAUCCUGGGGCCAAUGAUAUCGACGGGAACGGGGUGACCAUCGACUUGGGGCUGCUCGAUUGGACCCGCUAUGACCCCACCACGGAGACCGUCGAGAUCGGGCCGGGGACCCGCUGGAAACAGGUCUACGCGGCACUGCGAGAGCACGGGCGCGUUGUCGCCGGCGGUCGCGAUGGCAACGUUGGCGUCGCCGGCCUGCUGCUUGGCGGAGGCAAGACGUUCUUUGCGGCGCAGCGGGGGUUUGCUUGUGAUGACGUGGUGAGCUUCGAGGUAGUGGUCGCCGGGGGGAACGCAAACAAAGACGAAGGCUGUUCAGUUGUGACGGCGUCGGCCGAAGAGCACCCGGACCUUUUUCGUGCGCUCAAGGGCGGUUCCAAUAACUUUGGGAUCGUUACAAAUUUUACAAUGCGCGCGCUGGUCUGCGAAUCGGUCUGGGCAGGGUUGAACUUCUUCCCGAAGGAACGAACAGAGGAGACCGCGCAAGCGCUCGUCAACUUCACGGACUGUGUAGACCAGUAUCCCGAUAGCCAUCUCUUGUACUUUCUAUCGUAUACUGGUAAGUUCCAUUGGAGCCCUCCCGCAUUUCAUGACAUCGUCGUUGUUACCGCGUAUGUGCAGCUCGCGGGGAUUGUCAAAGCCCCGGCCUAUCAAGACUUUCUAGCCUUAGACCCCAUCCUCGACACGACCAAGAUAACAACAGUCGAGAAUGUAGUGUCCGAAUAUGACAUUGCGCCUCCCAACUACCACAACAACUUUUUCACCUCCACCUUCAAAAAUGACACUCGGGUCGUCGCAAAAGCUGCAUCGCUUCACCAAUCCCUAGUCGAUGAGCUGAAAGCCUUCAUUCCCGACGGCGACUUCAUUACCCAGUGUCUUCUCCAACCGCUCCCUACGCGGUACGGGCAAUUGUCCGCCCUGUGUACCGGCGGAGACAACAUCAUGAACGUCUCAGCACAGCCAGUGAACGGACUCCUAUUUGUUGCCGUCGCGAUGGUGCGUACCCCCGAGCAAGAAGCCUUCGUCUAUCCAAGACUUCGAGCCUGGGUAGAGGCGUUGAAGGCGUUUGCGACGGAUGUGGAUCCGGACUAUGGAAACCUCGAGUGGGUGUACAUGAAUUAUGCUGAUAAGAGCCAGAAGGUGUUGGAAUCGUAUGGAAAAGAGAAUUUGAAAUUGAUGCGAGCGGUCGCGGCGCGAUAUGACCCGGGCCAGGUGUUCCAGACGCUGUGCCCGGGAGGAUUUAAGCUUACUCAGGUGCGGGAUUAG